AUGAGCUCCACCUACCGUGGUCCUUCCCCACCAGCACCGCACCAUCCUCCCCCGCUUGAGCUUUCCCCUGCUUUAUCGCGUGUCUGGACCACGCCCUGUUUCCCUCCUCGCCAAGUCUUCUCCAACAUCCCUUUUCUUCUUCCUCUACAAGCAAACGAGAGAAACCCCCACAGCACCGCCGCUCCUCCACGGCGCCCCAUCGACUCAGGCCUCCCCUCGCCAUGCCGAGAGCACCAGGAGCUUCGCCUCGUCGCCACGAUCAUCCUCGUACAAGGAAUCGCCCCGGGACGCCUCAAAUCGCCGCCGUUUUCGCCAAUCCCUUCUCCGAACCCGGCGCGCUCCGGCGAGAAAUCAGCCGCCGUUCGUCCUCCUCCGCCUUCCUCGACCUCGCCGUCGCCUUCACGAUGUCCGCCGCCGCCACUCUCCGGCGACUCCCUCCUGGCGGCGCCGCUUCCAGAUGGUUCACGCCGCCGAGCCGAAGCCGCGACGCCCUUCCUCGCUUCCUGGAACGCCGUCAAGCGCCCGCACGCGCGACGCCCUGCGGUGAUCACCGCCGCUCCCGCGACGCGCGCGGCAUCCCCCUUGCAGCCUUGGUUUGCCACGCUGGCGCCAACUCAGCAGCGCGGGUCCCUCCUGUCAGCCGCUCGGGCUAGCCAGCCCCUCGUAGGUUUUCUGGAAAACCCCCUGGACCUCCUGCAAACCAAGCCGGGGCCCUCUGCUUGGUCAGCUGCCGUGUCAGCGCCCCUGGGCCCGCUCGUCAGCCCCUGUGGCUGGAACCUCUUCGGUAUAAAACAGUUUCCCCUUUUCCUGUCUUUCUGA